AGUACCACCGCAUAAACUCACCUACGAACCUCACAUUACCCUUGCCUGGUCUAAGGAUCGAGGCUCUGCAGAGUCUUCCGAACGAACGAGUCACAUUCUCGGCUACGAAGCGUGCCGGGAAGUGAAGCAACAAACCUCAUGGAGCGCAAUUCACAGCUCUGGCUCGACUUCGUAAACCGCCUGUCCUGACCACGACUACGGUCGCAAUGACCUGGCUCCCCAAUACACAACCAUCAUGGAAGAUGACAUCGCCAAAAAGGCGUCUGAGACUGUUGACCGUCUGGAAAAGGAGGUGAUAUCGAGUUUGAAACACAAAGAGCCUGCGUAUCCACGGCUAGAACAGCAACUUGCCAGACUCCGCACAGCAUGUCAAGAUUAUGUCUUUGCCGAUUUCGAGUUGGCCGCCAAGCACAAGAUCGAGUCACGCUUGUGGGAGGCACAUUCCAAGGUCAACAAGACAUUCAGGGUAAUUCUGGCCAGAUUUCGAGAGGGGGAGAGUAAGAAGAAGCAUGUCGAACGCCGGAAGGCUGAAAAGCUCUAUCUCGACUUCAUCAAAUCAAGCAUGCGCUUCUAUCGUGGUUACAUUCAGCGACUGGCUUCUCACUUUGCCGAUAUACCGGAGGUAUUCGAAGUUGCCCGAAAGUUCAAUCUCGAUAUCACCUCGGCGGACUCGUCUCAGCUGGUAGAUUUGGCUCUUAAAAAGCAGAUCAUUCGCUCCUGCUACUUAACUUUGAUUCAGCUUGGUGACCUAUCUCGGUACAGAGAGACGGAGCUGCAGACCAAAGAACGCAACUGGGGACCAGCUAAAGGGUACUAUGACCUGGCCACCACCCUUGAUCCUUCUUCUGGCAUGUCUUACAAUCAACUUGCUGUAAUUGCUCUGGCAGAUCAGGAUCAUCUGCGAGCAGUGUAUUAUUUGUACCGGGCCAUUUCCGCUCCUAAUGCUGCUCCUCAAGCUGAGGGCAAUCUCAAAAUUGAGUUUCGCAAAGUCAAGUCCAAAUUGACACAAGGAAAACCUUUGUCAGAUGUCGCCACCAUCGGCGACGGCAACACAGAUCUAUUGCACCGCUUCCUUCUUUUCCACGCCCGCUGUUUCGAAGCUGGCUUUACCGGCCAUGAAGACCAGCAAAGCGAAAUCCUCGACCUCCUAGCGAAUGAACUUCGAGCGAGACCAUGUGAUACGCUACUUCGGAAAUUCUGCUUGAUCAAUAUUGCUGCCGAAAAGUAUGCAGCAGACAAAAUCAUGGAAGCUGGGCGAGAUAGCGAUAUACCAGUAGCAACCAGUUCCUACAAAAUGCUGCAACAUCAUAACAUACUAACUUUCACCCGCCUUCUCAAGAUGCUCCUUGAGGAGCUUCAACGACUCGGAUCUGUCAGGGCCGACUCUGUAACUUUUCUAUGCAGACGUCUUCUGCCUCAUCUGAGGAUUUACAGCGGUUGGCUUCUGAGCAAUGUCGACCUUCUUCCUUCCAAUAACUUUGCGCAAACCGAUUUGAGAGAGUUCUGGCAGGUAUAUGCUCUAACAGUUACUCUUCUUAUCCAAAAAUUCGCAGUGCCUACGAUUGGCGACAUAGCUUAUCUGCUGGAGGAGGAUCAAGACACCUUGGGAUUUACACCUUUCCAAAAGUCCAUCUGCGAGGAACGCUUCUACGAUUUUGCAAACAGUAUCAAACCAAUGUAUUCAGAAUCAAUGUUUGGCGAGCGAUCAAUUGAAAAGGAGAUGCUUUAUCGUAUGAAAGGUCUUGUCAAGGACGGGCUAAUGCUUUGCCAAAGAACGGGUCACCUUGAACCAGAAUCGAAUGCCCCAAAUGCGGCUCCAUUGCUCUUUGCUGGAAAGCAGCUGAUUUAUACGGGACAGACUGAUCUUCAAACCUCUUCGUCCCUGGGCUCGUCGAUACACAUGAAUAGUUCGGCAGGAAGCGUCAAUGUAGAGAACAUUGACCGCGUAAAGAGCUCUCUUAAUGCCAUUUCUCAACGUCGAAGCAAUCCAGACGAUAUUACAGAAACCUCUAUGAAGUCGACCAUGGAGAACAUGGUGUUUGCCCUCACAGAACGCGAAGAGCCGAUUUCAAGUAUGAAGACACCAUCUGCGCAUGGCCUGCUGCGACGGAGGUCGCAAUUAGCUCAUGGACCAGAGGAUAUGUCAGACAAUGCACAUUCCUUCCGACGGUCAACAGGUUCUGUCUCAGGGCUUCAGGGUCAUAUGGGCGGGCAUCCAAUAAUUCCUCCAGUUACACAUUCGCCUUUUACGCCAACAGCCGAAGAGUCUGGCUUCUCACCUGGUGCAGGCCCGGCGAGACGUCCUGAUCCAUUGCCAUUCCCAGUUCAGCUUAGCAGUUCGGUUCAAUUUAAUGCGCAGAUCAAGCACAUGCAGCAACAAAUAGAGAUGAGAUCAUCGCCACUCGAGUCUCUCCAGCCGACCUUGUCUAGUCACUAUGAUUCGCCGACACAUUUGACCUCGCGGAAUCAUCAACAUAAAACUGCUACACCUCCACUGUCACCUUGGCAAGAUCUCAGCCAGGUGCUAGGAAGAACCCUACCAACACGAAGCCCGGAACCGUCUCCAUUUGGAGCCAUUGGAGAAGCACGCCCUAAGAGUAGCCGUGCGCCAACAAGCGGACAGCCCGGAUGAGCGAUUCACGAGUUCAUGGAUCAUGCCAUCAGAUUUGAUAGGCAAGAUUGUACUAUGAAAAGUCUCAAGCCGAGUCAAUGAGUAAGGAUCUUGCGAGGAGAGGCUAAGAUGUGCCUUAACUCUGCCCAUCACAUGAGAAAUUUGGGCACUGGUCACAAGUUGUGUGGCUGCACUCUUGAGUCGCCAGAAUGGCCGAUGCCACCAAACAAUCUCCAGUUCUGAAAGCAAUUUUUCGCACAGCACAGAGACCGAGCCAGUGCUAUUGCUAUUGCAACUGCAGAGUAGACAUUCAGGGUGAAAGUCAAUGGGCCAUCUGGAUCUAUUGCAUCUCAUCUUUUCUAUCUAUUUGUGGUGAACGCUCUCAUGCUGCAAGUUCUUGGGCCGCAAAGGGUCCUUCCUGGCUCUAUAUUGUAGUGCAGCUUCUUCAUCAUCAUGUCGUGGAGGACGUGCGUGGUAUCAUGCCAAGAGUACCUCUGGUCUUGUUGAAAUAGACCGUAUCGUACCAAAAUCAGAACGCUUUUAGUGUUACAAAAUCAAUGUGGUAGCCAUCAUCCUUUAUGCCUUGAAACUCUGCUUGGGGAUUGGGUAUCUGAGCAGAUGGUCAGUCA